UAUCAUUUUAUCAAAUCCCCUUCAUUCACUGGUAUACAGAGAGAGUAAACGCAUAUGGUUUCUGUGAAUCCUAGUCCAGCUGACGGGCUCUACUUGGAUCCGACCGGGAUGCCCCUCCCAGGAAUCGGUUCUUUCUCUUCAACCGUGCCGCCGACCACUUCUUCCCCCGAUGACCCAUCAAAAAAGAUUCGAAAGCCAUACACCAUUACAAAGUCCAGGGAGAACUGGACUGAACCCGAGCACGACAAGUUUCUCGAAGCACUUCAACUAUUUGAUCGUGACUGGAAAAAGAUUGAGGCUUUUGUUGGGUCCAAAUCUGUGAUACAGAUACGCAGCCAUGCACAGAAGUACUUUCUAAAGGUUCAAAAGAGUGGGACUGCUGAACACUUACCUCCACCUCGUCCGAAAAGGAAAGCUUCUCAUCCGUAUCCUCAGAAAGCUUCGAAAAGCGCUCCUUUGCUUUCACCUAUGGAAGGAUCAUUACCUGCUCCUACUUCUGAACCUGGAUUCAGGAAGGGGAGUGACUGUUCUUCUUCAUUAACCAAGAAUCCUGUUAUGAGCACAACAGAUGUAGCUUCUUGGACUGAGAAUUCUCUGCAAACGACUAAUUUAUCUCAUGCAACAAAAGGGAAACUUUUGACAAAUAACUGUUGCAGUAGUACAGAGAGCACUCCAAGAACACGACCAACAUUGGAAAUGACAGAUCAAGGAAACCAUGGGUCUUCACUUAGAGUUCUACCCGACUUUGCGCAAGUAUACAGAUUCAUUGGAAGUGUGUUCGACCCUGAUGCUACUGGUCAUUUGCAAAAACUAAAGAAGAUGGAUCCCAUUGAUGUUGAAACGGUUUUAUUGUUGAUGCGGAAUUUGUCAAUUAACUUAACCAGCCCUUCUUUUGAGGAACAUAGAAAGUUACUUUCAAGCUAUGAAAUUGAGAACGAAGAAAAGGAUGAUUGUAUUGCCCGCAAGAAACCACCAACCGAGUUAAUAACAUCAUGAUAAACACGAGAAUAGUAUUGGUAUGGACAAAAACCGAUACUUGUGACCUGUCUUUUACUUAUUAAGCAUGUUUGAAAACUAAUCUAGCAUCUUUCCAGGAAUAAGGCAUGACCUACAAACAUAAUUUAUGUAUAUGCAUGCCACUGGAACUGCUUGCGACGAUUUGUUGAUUGGUCUGGAAUUAACCGAACCAUGUGGUGGGGAUGUGUGUCGGUUUGUUUGUUUUACAUGUUUGCAGUGUGCAUAGUAUGAGAAUUAAAGAACACAAAGGAGAGUAUAGCAGAAGAGUGUAGAAAUGUAUUUUAAAAUUUUGUUGCUCUUAUUUGUUUU